AUGGCAUAUUCUGAUCGGGGUCUUAGGUGUAGACAUGUGUCUAUCGUAGAGCAUCCUCCAGAAAUCAUAGGCCUUUUAAGAGAAGCCGGUUUCUAUCAUGCGGCUCAAACUCUUAAUUUCCGAAUUGAUGCCGCUCUUGUGAGCGCAUUAGUGGAGAGAUGGCAGACUGAAACACACACGUUCCACCUUACAUGCGGUGAGACAACAAUCACGUUGGAAGAUGUGGCGCUAUUACUGAGCUUACCCAUUAACGGCCACAAAGUCAUCCAGCAGACUUCUAGCUUAGGAAGUGAUGUCUGUGCAGAGUUGCUCGGAGUGGUCCCACCGACAGAGCAAAGGAAAGCUCAGAAUAUAACUCUAACGUGGCUUGAGGAAACAUUUGGCAUGUUGUCAUAUGAUGCAAGUCAACGACAGAUAGAAUGUUAUGCACGUGCCUAUAUCCUAAGGCUUAUUGGUUGUGUCCUCAUGCAAGAUAUGUCUCAAAAUAGGGUUCAUUUGAAGUGGUUACCACUUCUGAGGGAUUUUACAGAAGCAGGAAGAUACAGUUGGGGUUCAGCAUGUCUAGCAACCCUGUACAGGUCUUUAUGUCGUGCAUCCAACAAAGAUAUGAAAAAUAUCAGUGGAUCUAUGAUAUUACUUCAAUCAUGGGCAUGGUACAAGAUUUCAAGUAUAUCCCCUGGAACUCGUGCUAUCGUAUCUUUUCCUCUGGUUCGUAGGUGGGCGCACAUUGAAGUGGAUGAUGAUAGCCGCAUCAACAAGCACAAUGUGAAGAUAUAUAGGCAGUUCAAAAUCGAAAGGAAGACAUUUUCGUGGACAGACCUUUAUGGACUACGUUUACAUCAUUGA